AUGGUUUGGGGUUACUUUGGCAGUCUCCUAUACAUCGGGCUCCUCUUUACAAAUGCCAUCGCCAUCCUCAACGAAGAACGUUUCUUGGCUCGCAUCGGCUGGUCUACCCGCUCCCAUGCUGCCGCCAACCAAGGCUUUGGACACUCCCCCACACCCCAUCUCUAUGACGCUCCCGGAUCCGCCACAAGCUUCGGCGGAGGGGGGAGUGGGGAAGGGCCGGGCGUCAAGGCCAAGCUGGUCAAUCUGAUAUCCGCGACGAGGACUUUGAUGCGGAUACCUUUGAUCGUUAUGAAUGUUGUAGUUAUUGUCUAUGAGGUGUUGCUCGGCUGA